CUGGAACUGAAAAGAAUUCAUUGAGAACCCUUGAAGGUUAACUUUUAAUUUAAUUGUCCACACCUGCACCAUGGCACAGGUUCAAACGUCAAAUUUGGACGGUUUACCAAUACAGUUUGUCGCUGCGAUGCGGACCCUUUUUGAUAUAAUGGAUGACCAAAACAGUGGGUUUGUUAAAUAUGCAGAUAUCGAGGGUCGUUGGCAGGACGAUGGUACGCAAGGUUUACCAAAGGGAGUCCUCGACAGUUUAAAGAAAGUCACCCCCCCAAAUGGACUGUUAUCUUUUGAAAGGUUCUGUACAGGCUUGAACAUGUGUCUACUGCAGAUUCAAGCUGAGACAGAUUCAAAGAAACAAGAGGGACAGCCUAAUCGUCCUCCGUCAGCUCCGAUCCUAAUUACAGACAAUCAGAACAAGCCAUCUUGGACGUCACCCAACACUGCUGCGAUACGGCCUAAUAAUGCCAUAUCUCAGCAGCGUACGUCCAGUAUGCCACAGCUUUUAGGUGGACGCAAAGAAGUUGCUCAAUUAGAGUCAGAAGUAAGAAUUUGUACGGGGUCAAAACUACCUAAAACGUAUGGCCCUCCAAAACCACCCAGAACAAAUUUGGAGGGGCGUGCUCCCAGUUUAGAUAGGAAUUUUGAUAAAUCAGAGAUUCGUACGGUACUGCAAAAUUGGCAAAUGGGCAUGAUGGGAGAUGAUAAGGAUAAAAGGCAAUUAACGGCAGGAAAUUAUCGCACUGACUCGAGAACUUUGGUGAGACCCACGAGAGCUUUAGGUGACGGCAAGGCAGUCGAGUCACAAAACAAUCAAAUUGGUCUGCAACCGAAGAAGGUUGUAGGUCGACGCAGAGAACCAAGACGUCACACGUUGCAGAACGGUAUAGACUAUAAUAUGAUGAAGAGAAUGAAGCAAAUCGAGCAGGAGAAAGAUGUAUUGCUUCAAGGCUUAGCUGCUGUCGACAAGGCUAGGGAAUGGUACUUAAAGCAAAUCUCUUCGACUCAAGAAAAAAUAAAACAUCUAGGACGAAUGGGUUCACACGUGGAACAAUGGACAGAAGCUCAACAGGAGCGUUUGGAACUACAAAGGGCUCGGGUCCUCGAAGUUAAUCGACACUUGGCUACCUUGAUAAGUAGUUGGGAACGAGGAGGUCUUCCACUUCACAUGAAUCUCGCUGUUCUCAGCACACCAGUGUCCACUCAGUUACACCAAGACAUGUUAUCUCGUCUUAAACAACAAAACCAUAGGUUGACCGAGGAAGUGAGUAAAAAAAGUCAGAGAAUUGCUCUAUUGGAACAAGAGAAAGACAGCCUUGUGAGGGAAUUAUACAAUAGACAGCCAGGACUGGUGCAGACUCGAAGAACAGCGAUGGUUCAUGAGCAACAUGAUCAAACGUUCAUGUAAGAAUAUAGCACCAGGGGGAUCCAAUUCAAUCAGCCCGAUUCUACAAGAAAUGAGGUAACGAAAGUUAAUCAGCGCAUCAACGCGUUCUGUAUUUAUUAUUCCGUUCAUUGUUAUCCAAGUAAUAUAGGUGAUUGCAUAUUUUAUAACUGUAUAGUAUUUCGAUAUAGUUACGGAACUGAAGGAACGAUAAUUAUGUUAGAGAUCUUUAAAGGAGCGCGAUACUUUUAGAUAAUUUACCCACAGUGACGCGUAUAGACUCCUCGUAAUUAAUUAAAUGCAAGAUAUUUAUUCCCGGACGGAAGACGAUACCGUCACAGGGCGUAUUUUCUAUCCAAAUGUUUCAGAUGUUUUAUAGAUAAUUUUUAUUCCAUAGUAUAUAUAAUUUUUCCUCCACGUAGGAGGAAAUACUAGGUGAUCGAUCGAAACUGCCGUUCGAAAAGAAAGUGCCAUCGGCGUUCACUGUUGAUUUCUCAUAUCUGUAAUUUGUUUUAAUAAAUUCCACCGCCUUGACAUUAUCAA